AUGGAGUCGCGCACGCAGGGGGGGAGGGAGGAGGGGGACAUGCAAGGAGGGCGGGACGGGAGGGGCGGGGAGGCGUGGCAGGCGGAGGUGGAGGAGGCGCUGCUGGCGGCGGUGUGUGACGGCAUGGGCUUCAACAGACACGACGCCCUUCACAAGCUGCCACUCUUCAUGCAGCUGAAGCGGAGCGAGCUUUCGCAGAUGGUGAAGGAAAAGGGGGCGGAGGUCACCGUGGGGGCAGCAGCAGAGGAAUUCGUUGAGUGGAUGCUCAGCGGGGAGCACGACCAGGUGGCAGCAGACGAGGCGAUGCGGGAGGAGCUGGACCCCAACCUGCAGGAGGAGCUGGACCCCGACCUGCAGGCGCGCAUCGCCCGCCACAUUGAGCGCCGCCGCCAGAAGCAGGCGCGCAGGGCAGCGGGGGAGGGGGGGGAGAAGAAGAGGAAGGGGAGGAAAAGUGGAGAGGGGGAGAAGCGAGGGGAGCAGGGUGAGGAGAUGAGGAAGAUGAGCAGGGGGGAUGAGGAGGUGAAGGAGGAGGUGCGGAUGGGGGAAGGUGAUGGUAUGGGAGGCUGGGUGGGAGGAGUGGAAGAGGAAGGCAUGCGAGGGGAUGCGGAGGGAGCAGUGGCAGGCGAGCAGACAGGUGCUGCCCAUCCUCCUGCUGCCGCCCAUCCUCCCGUUGCCUCCCAUCCCCCCGCGGCUGCCCACCCUCCCACGGCUGCCCACCCCCCCGCUGCCGCCCAUCCCCCCGCUGCCGCCCAUCCCCCAGCUGCCGCCCAUCCCCCCGCUGCCGCCAAUUUCCCCGCUGUUGCCCAUCCACCUGGUGCCGCGCAUCCCCCCUUCGCUGGCGAUCCCGUGGCUGGUGCCCAACCCCGUACUGCUCACAUCACCCACGCCACUAUCAACGCUCCCCAUCCCGCUUGCCAGCAACCUGUAGUCUCCCCUCACCUUCCACUCACCUCCCCUCACGUUCCUCCCACCUCCAAUGAUCUUCCCCUCUCCUCCACUCACCUUCCCGCCACCUUCCCCCAGCAUCCCCUCGCCUCCUGUCAGCCUCCCGUCCCCUCCCCCCAGCUGCUCGCUCCAGCCGAUCAGCUCCCCUGCCCAGCCGAUCAGCUCCCCUGCCCAGCACCCACCAAACCCCUCUCGCCCACCCGAGAGGGAGAGGAGGGAGGGGGAGGAGGAGGAGGAAAGGGAUUGUUGGCAGAUGCGUGGGUGGAGGAUGGAGGUGGGAGGGGGAGUGAGAGGCGAAGGGAGAUGGAGCGCAGGGUGAGCGAGAGAGAGAUGGAGCGCAGGGUGAGCGAGAGGGAGAUGGAGCGCAGGGUGAGCGAGAGGGAGAUGGUCCGGCUGCGCAGCCGCGGGGGGUUAGGGAGGGUGGGGGCUGAGAGUGGUGUGGCAGGGAGGGAUGUGGGGCAGAGGGGCAGGGGGCACGGGGAGGGGCAGAGUGGUAGAGGAGGAGAGGGUGAGCGGCGGGGAGAGAGGGCAGGGGGUGACGAGGGGUGCAGGCAAGGGGCGUGCAGUGCCCCCCCCCACGCUGCCUCGCCGUCGCCAUGGCCCCCGGCAGGCAGAGAGCCCCUUGCUGCGCCCAGCGUGAUGCGCGCGGCUGCUAGUGGAGCGGCUUGGCGAGACUUGGGAGGAGGGGGUGCAGCGAGAGGCUUGGGGCGAGGGGCACGGGGAGAGGGGAGGGGAAGGAGGUGGUUGGGAGAGGGGGAGGCAGCGAGGGAUUUGGCAGAGCCGGUGGGAAGAGCGGGAAGCACUGUGAUUGGCCAGAAAGGGCUGGCAAGUGGACUGCUGCUGCGCGCUAGUGAGGGGAGUGGCAGGGGGCAGGGGGGGGCGGAGGGGCAUGUGCAUGGGCGAGGGCGGGGGAGCGUGUACGGAAACAGGCAUGAGUGUGCUGUUGGCGUUGGACAUGGGGAUGUGCGAAACAGGAAGGAGGCCGAGAAGGGGGAUUGCAGCGAAGAGCACCUCAUCAGAGGGCAGGCAGGUGUGGGUGCGUGUAGUGUGGGGGCCAGUGCGGGCGUGGGGGAAGUAGCGGAGGGCAGUGCAAGGGAGGCGGAUGCUGCCCACACUGGCACUGCUGGCACUGCUGGCACCCCCCCCUGCGUGCGCGACGACGCUCAGUCCCCCGCCGCAAACCGCGGUGGGGAUGGCAGUGCCACACCAGCUGCACCAGCAAGCUUGCUUGGGGGAGCAAGCGAGGGGUCAGGUGGAAGAGGAAGGGGUCACUUCAGGGGCACAAGGGGACGUGGGGUUGGAGGGAGGGCGAGGGGCAGGGCGAGUGGGGGACGCAGGGUGGUUCACCCGCGGGAGGACAUCUCGCGGGGCAAGGAGGCGGUGGCCAUCCCGUGGGUGAACGAGCACAGCCACGAGCAGCCGCCCGCGUUGUGGAUGUACAUGAGGAAGAGCUGGCCGGCCAGCGACAAAGUGAAGUUCGUCAUCGCAUUGGAUCGCAUCGACACGUUCUGUGAGGACUGCCAAGGGGAUUGCAUGGGCGACAUCCAGUGUGAAUGCACACAGCCACUGCGGGGCGCAUGGGCGUACACCAGGGAUGGCACUCUCACGGACGCCUUCUUGAGGAAGGUGGAGAUGGAGGUGGAGCAGGGCGAGGAGGCGGUGAGGCGGGGCAACAAGCAGUUCUGUGCUCGUGAGCGCUUGCUGUGGUGCCCCGUGAAUGCGGCGCAGCUGAAGCACGCCAUGGAUGCCAUGCCCGCGGAUGUGCCUGCGCCAGUGAGGCUGAGUAAAUUUUGUGCGAGCGCCCUUGAGGCGUGUGUGGCGUGCCCCGGGCAUCCUGUGCGCACCUUCAUCAAGGAGUGCUUUGUCAAGUGCGGAUGCAGCGAGAUGUGUGGCAACCGAGUGGUGCAACGUGGCAUCACAAGGCGCUUUCAGGUGUUCAUGACGGCGGGCAAGGGGUGGGGGGUGCGCACGCUGGAGCGGCUGCCGCGAGGGGCGUUUGUGUUUGAGUACGCGGGCGAGGUGGUCACCAACACCGAGAUGGACGAGCGCAACCAGCGGCAGGCCAGGAACCAGCGCGGCACCUUUCCUAUCUACCUGGAUGCGGACUGGGCGGCGGAGGGGGGUCUGACUGACGAUGAGGCCCUGUGCCUGGAUGCCACACGGCUUGGCAACGUGGCGCGAUUCGUCAACCACAGGUGUGGAGAUGCCAACCUCGUGAACGUGCCAGUGGAGAUAGAACACAAGGACCACAACAUCUACCAUGUGAGUGGGGCCAUCAACAUCUACCAUGUGAGUGGGGCCAUCAACAUCUACCAUGUCAUCAAUGCAAGAGCAUGUGAAGGAUGUGGCGUUUUUCACGCGAAAGGAGGUCGAGCCAAUGGAAGAACUAACGUGGUGAGUAUCAGUGCAACGUAG